CACCCACAAAAAUGGCCAACGGCAAGCCCCGCUGACUGGGAUUACUUCCACCGAAGAUGGUAUAUGCUCGUUAUCGCUCGUCCCAUGGGCGUAACAAGAACCAUUACCAAGGCAGUAACCGGAUCUGAGACUGGUUUCACACGGAUUUCUAAUUGAGGAAUAUAUAUGCAUCCUCACUCAAUGGCUCUUCAUCAUCUCGGUACCUAGCCAGCAUCGCAGCAAGCCCCAAUAGCAAAAACUUUCCUUCCAUGUUUCGAACGUCUCAUUUGUUCCUUCUCAGCAAAACAAACCACAAAUCAGCAUACCCACAUCAAUGACGAGGCCACACAGCUCCUCCAGGCCGCCACCCGUACCUCCACAGAGAACUCCUGAGAGUCGCCGCCAAGGCAACUCCAGAUCGGUUCAUGCCCCCAGAAGCCCCUACCCGAACAAUGCGUUCCAGCCGGUAUCGAGAUCCCAGAGUCGAGCGUCUACCAUCACGCGGUCGUUCUCGUCGGGAUCUCAGUUGGAUGAACCAGAUAACACUGCCAUCAUUCGAGGGGCACAACUUUUGCGAGAGCGUUUGAUGAACAACAAUCACAAAAACGAAGGCGGAGGGAAGGUUUCCACCUCGCCGGAACGCCUGUUUACCUCCAAGAAUGACGCUGUUCUUCAGGAUCUCUUGGGCAUCGAACCAAUGCAUCCACCAGGAAGUCCUAAUGAUGUCACCUUUCAAUUCUUCUCCCAAGAUUGGCUGCCCGAUUGGUCCGAUCAGUCUUGGAGUAUCUCAGGGAGUGCGUUUGAUCGAGGUUCCACAGCCGCCGUAUCGCCGCCUCGACAGGAACACCGCAACCACCACCACCACCACCACCACCACCCCGAUAAUACUCUCCCGCCAGGAACCACCGCAUCUACCAGUCGUCGCACAAGCCCUGAUGUUAUGGAUCAUAGUCAACGCCAAAAGAAUGGAAACUAUCCACGUGAAAACACUCCAGCCGGUCCGGAGCCUCGUCUUCGCAGCCCCCGCACGUUGGUCUCACAACGAACAAGUCCGACUAGUGGGGGUCGAAGAGGAAAGCCACCACGUGACGAACGAGCUUCAACGCCAUUACCAGCACCUGCAUCUCCUCCGGUAGCAACAUCAGCGAAAGCAAAAUCUGACCCACUGCCAGUGACCCCCGCUACCAGCCCAGCCGACAAAAAGAGCAAUUCCGAAUGGCAAACGACGGCAUCAUUCCCGACAACGACUGAUAUGGAUGACAGCAACCCUUGGGGGAGCCUUUCAGAGCAAAACUCUUCCAUGGACACAGGUCCUCGUUCCAAGGAAACUGGCCCUGAUCCACUGACCGACAUGAAGGAAGCCGAGGAAGCUCUGCUCGCCAAUGGGCUUCAGCAUCAUGAGCUGGUCCAUCAGCAUGACGGCGACAUGAUCGUGCAAGUGUUCAUGACUCGCCCCGACGUUGUUUCGGAUGCCCGGGCUUUUGAUGAGUUUAUUGAAACGACUUCAUUGGACGACAAGGCAUUUGAAGAAUUGAUCGACUCCAAGGAAUACGAUGGCGAGGAUAGAGAGGGGGUUUGGCCCAUCGAGAAUCGAGAACACAUUGACCAGUCAAUGAUGAGGGAUGACCAGCUUCAGUCAAGGGCCAAGCAGCAAGGCAAUGCAGUCGCACGCACCCGUGAAGUCGCACUCACCCGAGGGAGGCCCCAGAGAUCCUAUUCGAUCGAUGUGCUGCCCAACACAACUGUUCCGAAAAGGUCACACUCUGCCGGUGUGGAACGAAGGCAGUACAACAAACGCAAUCAUCAAAGGCAUGUUAGUAGUCUCCGAGAUGACCUGCUGUGCGGCAUGGAGACCAAUUGCAACACCAAAUACACUACGGAGCCGAUUCCGAUUGUGAUUGAUCAAAGCCGUUUGUUGGAAGCCCCGUGCACAUGCCCUCAGCUCGAGGAACAACCUACAACACUUCAAAGCAAACCCGGUAAAAAGGAGCGUUCGCACCAUAUCCACAAAGGCAGACCCCUGCAGGACCAUGACGCCAUCCUCAAUGACCGCAAGCACCACGAACAACGUCACCUUUCCAAGCAUAGAGCGGAAGACUCGGCAUUUCCAGAGUCGGCAAUUCACAACGAAGGAAAUGGCUUUGGUGUUCUGUCCCCGGAAAGCAAUGAAUACAUGGCGCUUCAAAGAACUGAUCUUGCAUUUCAGCAUGCCAUGAAGGCGGGGGGUCUCUGGCAGGCACUGGUUGGAAACCACGUACGCUUCCCCAAGCAUUGGUGGCAGGGUGGUUAUCGGACGGCUCCUAUGGGGUGUCCCCGCCACUUGGCUGGAAAAAACAAAUGGGUUUACUACGACAGGCAUCGGAUCAAGGGAAACAAGUUUUUGAAUCGUUGCGUCCGAAAACGCGAUGCAGCGGGACAACUCCUUUUGCAUCUCGUUGUGAGGGACUUCAUGUUAUCGAGCCCCAUUCUCGAUAUUGCCAUUGGGUGUUUCCACCCCAACGCUAGGUCUGUACGGGUAUCCCAGAAUCCCAAUCCACGUAAUGAUGAUUGUCGAGAUGUCUGGAUGGCAACUCGAUUCCGAACAGAAGACGUGAUAUCCGUCAUUGACCCUCUGUUCUUCUUGGAGAAGAUGGGCCAGCCCAAAAAGAGUCCUCUUGGUGACUCCAAACGCCGCAUCAGCAACGGCAACGUGCGGGCUAUCUUUGGUGAAACUCCACCACUCUGCACAGUCUUUGUUCAGGAAAGCGAUAUCUACGAAGACCUGGCAGCGAUGGAUGGCUUUGAACAUUCGGGACCAGCUGAUAUUCUGCUUCGAAAGUAUGUAUUCACCCAAAACGGCGCAACCUAUUGAUUUGAUUAGAUGGCAACUUUAGGCUUGGUGUGCCACACACUAUUUGCAUGUGGUGACGCACGAACCUGAAACUACUAGGCUCGGCACACAAUCGCGCUACGCACACUACCAGGGAUAUAGAAUGAUUUAGUUUUAUAAUGAAAGCGCUAUGAGCAUUGGUGUUUGAUCCAGCGUCAUUUUUGCAACCGCUGUUUUCGUGCUGCAGUCCGCUUUGUUCAACUCCUCAAACACAGCGAACCGAGAUGGUAAAAGCACAAAUCAUGUCCUUUCCUUAGUCUCAGUCUGUCUGCCCGGUAGCUAGGCUGAGUCGCUUCGAAGCAUCGCUUCCUCAACAGGAGGUUUGCCUGGGAGAGCCAUGCACUGCAAGGUCCACACUCUGGAUUUGCUCAGGAACUCAGACUGAGACUCGAGUAGUCUAUGUACAAGUACUAGCUGGCUAGUAUGUUCUGGGUGGCGGCUCGACGGGAAAAGUGAGUGAGUAAGAAUUGCGUUUUUGUUGAGGAAAGAAGGAUUUAGGUCCCUCUGAACUACUGGCGGCUUUGGGCAAGGCGGGCAAUCAUCUUGAUGACUUUUAUUAAUUAAAACUCUUGAUGCUUCGUUCGGUUGCUACCUGGUACGUGCCGACCGCUGUGUUUUUCAUUUUGUUUUUUUAGGAGCCAACCCAGCGGUCAUUCAUGGGG